AUGUCUGUGCUGGUGGCCUCCCUGCUGCUCUGGGGUCUCACCCUGGACCCAGCAACCAAGGCAGCCGUGGUAUUUGAGACCAAACCCAGCCUGUGGGCAGAGCCAGAAUCGCUGCUGGAACCCUGGGCCAACGUGACCCUGCGGUGCCAGGCCCGGUGGCCCACCCUGGACUUCCAGCUGCUCAAGGGUGGGGUGAUGCAGGAGCUCGUGCACCUGAGCGCACCCACCAUGGAGCACCAGUUCCCGCUGGGAGCAGUGACCAGUGACCACCAGGGCCUCUACCGCUGCCGCUCAAGGCUUAGGGAUGGGCGAUGGACCGCACUGAGCAACCUCCUGGAAGUGACAGGGACAGAGCCCUUGCCCCCACCUUGGCUCUCCACGGAGCCGGUGCCCUGGAUCACACCCGGCCUGAACACCACUCUGCUGUGUCACGGGGGGCUGUUGGGUGUCACCUUCCUGCUGAGGCGGGAAGGCGACGAUGAAUUUUUGGAGGUGGCUGAGGCCGGGCAGGGCAGAGAGGUCACUUUCCCAGUCCAUCGGGCCGGCAAUUACAGCUGCAGCUACCGGACCCACAGCGCAGGUGACCCCUCUGAGCCCAGCGCCACUGUGAGCAUCGAGGAGAUGACCUCGCCGCCGCCGCCAAGUUUAAAUGCACAGUUCCCCGAGGUCCUGCGCCCGGGCGACCGCGCGACCCUCAUCUGCGUGGCGCCCCUGGACGGCGUUCACUUCCAGCUGCGGCGGCGCGGAGAGGAGUUGCUGGUCCCCAGGAGCAGCACCAGCCCGGACCGCGUCUUCUUCCACCUGAACGCGGCGGACACGGGGGACAGCGGUCCCUACACCUGCCGCUACCGGCUGCGCUCCGAGGAAGCCGCCUGGUCGGCGGACAGCGCGCCCACGGAGCCGGUGUGGAGCGACGAGACGCUGCCCGCGCCGGUGCUCGUGGUGGAGCCGGAGGGCACCAGCCCUGCGAGCGGCUCGCUCGUGCGGCUGCGGUGCCGCGCGCCCCGGGCGGGGCUGCGCUUCGCGCUCAGUCGCCAGGGCGCGGGCGGGCAGCGCCUGAGUGGCCUGCUGAGCCCCGCGGGGCCAGAGGCGGUCUUCGAGCUGCCCGAGGUGUCAGCCGCGGACACGGCCAACUACAGCUGCAUCUACGUGGACCCGACGCCGCCCUUCGCGGGCUCGGCACGCAGCGCGCCUCUGGAACUGCGCGUAGACGGGCUGCUUCCCCGGCCGCGGCUCCGAGCCCUGUGGAGCGGGCCGGUGCCCGCGGGCCGCGACGCCGUCCUGCGCUGCGAGAGUCACGUGCCAGACGUCGCCUUCGAACUGCUGCGCGCGGGCGAGGAGGAGCCCUCGGUGACGUUCCGCACGGCGGGCAACUCGGCCGACCUGGUGCUGGAAUUCGUGGGGCCCCAGCACGCGGGCAACUACAGCUGCCGCUACCACCCCUGGGGGGCCGGCUCCUUCCCGUCGCGGCUCAGCGACCCGGUGGAGCUCCUGGUGGCGGUGUGGGCCAGGUGGGUGACGCGGCUGAAGGCCUUCCACACUCACUGCGGCAUGCGGCGUCUUCUGGGAUGGCCCUUCUGGGAGGACCCCAGCUCCGAGGAUGGCUGCACCCCUCACACCACACUGCUCUGGCCUGGGGGAGUCGCAGUGCUCAGCGAGCACUGGCUGGACAAGGGGUCCAUCUGGAUGCCAAUGACCACUCGGGCCCCGCGUCUCGGGUUCGUGUCGCUGAGCUCCGUCGGCAGCGGGGUCCCCGUCACAGCAGCCGUCACACCCCGACCCCGUCGCCCCCGCUUCCGUCAGGGCACCGCAGGGGUCGGCGGGACCACUCCGGCCGGGCGGCGCGGCUCGCCAGGUGCCGCCGACGCCGGGGACCGAGGCUCGCACCGCGCACUCCGCGCCCCACCCCGCGCCGACCGCGACGGCGCCCGGUCCUCACGCGCCCCACCAGGCCGCUCCACCCGCCGGCGCCGGCCUCGCCUUCGGCGCCCGGGGCUGCUCUCUGGUCCUCGGAGCGACCGAGGCCCCAGCCGGCCGCGCGCCCCACGCCCGCCAAGUCCGGACUACAAGUCCCAGAAGGCUCUGCGCCGUGGCCCGGGCGCCGCCUGGGCGAGGGUGCCCGAGCCGGGCCGUGGUGAGGUUCCAGGUAGAAGGGGUGGGGCUCGAACCCGCAGCGUGAUCGGCGGGUGGGAGGGCGUGGCGGCGUGUCAAGGGCCCGGCUGCCUUCGAGGGCGUGGCCUCCCGGUGAGGGGCGCGGCUACCCUGCUGUGGGGUGGCUGCGUGUGA